GGGUUCUUCCACCACUCUGGCGAGUACAUCUGCACAGAGGACUACCAGCGGCUCUACGGGACGCAGUGUGACAGCUGUGAGCAGUACAUCACUGGAGAGGUGGUGUCUGCGCUGGGGAGGACGUACCACCGACACUGCUUCGUCUGCAGCAUCUGCAGGAGUCCGUUCCCGAUUGGAGACAGGGUGACCUUCUGUGGGAAGAAGUGUGUGUGUCAGCAGUGCUCACACACUCUGAGCAGCGACAAGCCCGUCAAGGUCCAUGGACCAAGCUACUGUGCAGGCUGUGGUGAGGAGAUCAAACAGGGUCAAUCUCUGCUGGCUUUGGAGCGUCAGUGGCACGUCAGCUGUUUUAAAUGCCGAACAUGUGGCUGCGCACUCACCGGAGAGUACAUCAGCAAGGAUGGGACACCGUACUGUGAGGCAGAUUACCACUCCCAGUUUGGGAUACGGUGUGACAGCUGCAACAGGUACAUCAGUGGCAGAGUACUUGAGGCUGGAGGGAAGCGCUACCACCCCAGCUGUGCUACGUGUGCCCGCUGCCACAUGAUGUUCCUUGAAGGAGAGGAAAUGUACCUUACAGGUUCAGAGGUCUGGCACCCCAUGUGUAAAGAAGCAGCUCGGCUGGAGAGGAAACUGAGGAUAAGACGAACCUCUGAGACGGCGUCCAUUUCUCCUCCAAACUCUUCUCCUCUGCUUGGCUCCCCUCACCGACUCAUUUGCUCUAAGGCUGACAGUGAUGUGUCGAAUUAUAAGCAGCUGGCAGCUCUGCCCAGGAUCAAAGCCAUUUAUGACAUCCAGCGGCCCGACAUCAUCCCUUAUCAAGCAGACCAUGCACAUACACACUUCUCAGACGACACUGUGGAGCAAUACAACUGUGGACAGUCAUUGGGCUCUUUGUCGCCAUACUCUCAUGAUCUCUUGGACGGGGUUGAGUUAAGAACGAGGCGUUCAUCCAGCUCCGCCUUCACUGACUCUCCUGCACACAGUCACCACGGAGGCUCCCCACUGCAUUGUUAUCUUCCUGGCAAUGAGAGUGGCAGGAGUUCACCCUAUUGCAGUCAGCCAGAGCCCAGGUGUGCUACACCCACCACCACCUCCACCCUUCAAGCCCCAAAGCAUUUCCAUGUUCCAGCAUCUGAGGGAACCAACAUCUAUAGGAAAGCCCCCAUCUAUAAGAGACCAGACGUAUCCGCCUCUCCAACAGCCAGUAAGCGUAAGACCAAUGAGAACCUCCUUAAUUCCAGCCGCCUUUCCUCCUCCAAUUGUAACAGCCUUUAUCACUCGGACUCCAACUACUUCCCGUAUACUGGCUCUCCUAAAGUCUCCAGGGUGAGAAGGUUUUCGUCUGGAGGAGAGGAGGAUGGAUGGAAUCACAACAUAAACAAGGGAAUUGGCAGAAUGAUCCUGAAGGAGGAGAUGAAGGCGCGGUCAGGUUGUUAUGACAAUGACCUAUGGGGGAGCAGACGCAGUUCUCGCUGCAGCAGCAGGGAGGCGCUGAACAAUCUGGGAUUCACCUCCCUCAACGGCUCUCCCAGGUCGCUCCACAGUGCAGACAGUGACUCAUACAUUGCCAAAUCGUCCUCGUUGCCAGGCUACGGCAAAAAUGGAAUAACCAGGCCUGGGAGUGCGGGUGCAGAUUAUUACCAGUAUGACAGCAACAACGCAGUUAAUUGGCAGAUCAGAGAAUACAAGAUCUACCCAUAUGAGGCUCUAAUUGUGUCAAUCAGAAAGAAGCAGCGUCUCCCAAGUGAUGUCGACCGAGCCAGACUGGAGCGUCAUCUCUCACCAGAGGAGUUCUGCAGAGUUUUUGGCAUGUCCAUGGCUGCCUUUGAUCAUCUUGCUCAGUGGAAGAAGAACGAACUGAAGAAACAGGUUCGACUCUUCUGAAAAACUUAAGUCAAAAGAGGUGCUUUACCCAAUGCAAGUCCACUUCCAGCAGUCUAUGCUUCCAGCCAGCAUUGCUCUCUGAAAAGAAGCCUCCAAAAAAGCCUGAUGACCCAAGAUUGACUUUCUGUCUCUGAGGAACUGGCUUAAGUAAAGGUUUUUCCUCCUUUGGGUUGAAAAGAGUGGAACUGUUGGCAUCCUUAACUUAAGAAGCUUUAACUUAUGCAUACUUGGACCCCAUAGCAAUAUGUAAGGAGAGAGCCAACAGGCUAGACGGAAAAACGUCUGACUUAAGAGCAAGGAGAACUGAGAGGGGAUAAGUUAGACUUCUUGAGAGAGCAGAUGAAGAAUACUGGAGCUGGAACAGAACAAGGAUUGAUGAGGAGAGGGAGUAGUUGGCUGAGUCUCCAUCUCCAACCAGCAGAUGGCAUUGUGUUUGCAGGAGCAUUAGCAGAGCAGGUGGAGUGUUAGCUGAAGGACUUGGUACCAGAUUGAUGGUCUGCUACAAUGAGUCAAACACCAAUUUAUGCCCCAAGUGACAGAGGUUGAUUUGGAAAGCAUCUUUGCUGCCUGAAAGACCGACUGAUAUGUUGCUGAUGACAAAAAUAACCCAAGCUGUGUGGACAACUGUGUGGUCCUCAACAUUAGGGGUUUGGGCAUGACAUACAUACAGUGUUUUAUAAUGUAUUGAUUCUAAAAUUCAAAGUUUUGAAUUACAAAAAAGUUUUUCUUUUGUAAUACAGGCAUGUGUUUGAUUGUAAUGUCAGUUUUUCUGGAGCCAUAUCAGUGUUUUUGGUUCUUCUUUAUGAUCUGGGCUGAAUGUAAGGUCACUGAAGUGGUCUUUGAAAUACAAUUAGUCAUGGCUCUAAACACAGAAAUGUUAUAGUUAAGUUUAGAAAUGAGGUUUGAACACUUUACAAUAUUUGUGUUUCCCUUGUCCCUUUAAUGAAAUCAUAGUUUUGUUAAUUUAUACCUUCAGCUGCACUCAUGAAGGUGCUGGAUUAUGUUUAUGCAAAAUGGAACUGUGUGUGUCUGUGCGUAAUUACAGCAAAUUUAAGAUAGAGGGUUUUAAUGGAUUUGUAUUCAUAAACCCUCAAAAGAACGAUUAGGUUAAGACAGGAAUGAGGGAGAUUUAAAGAAAAAAAGGGAAUAGAGAAAAGGAAGCUAAAAGGGAAGGAAUGUGUGAAGAAUGGACGACAAAGCCAAUGUAAAAGAAACUUUGUAAAGAACUCCCUCCGAUAUGUUAAUCAAGAGUUGACUUGUUUCUAAAGGAAAGUGUUCAACAUCUAUAAGGAAACAGCACGAGUCUGGGCUUGAAGGGAUUUAACUAGUCGUGUUUUUUACCUGAAUGUACAAGAUGGAAUAUUGUUUCCUGCUGCUGCGAAAACUGGUACCACCAGGUGUGUAUGUCUUUACAGGUCUUAAUUUAAAACAUUUAUAGUAUGCAAGCCCAUGUCAGCCAAGACAUCUCCUGAAUAAAUGAUUCAGGCAUCACUGUUUAUUUUGUAUUGUCCUUGUUCAUAUCAUUAAAGAGUGCAACUCAUGAUGAUAGCUGG